CAGAUUCUCUGCAACGCUAAUUUCUCUGUCCAUAAAAUUCCCACUCUUUACAUUUCGCCCGGUUCUAUUUUGUUGCUCGAUUUUCUUCCGUGGAGAAAGUAUAGUAUAUUCCCCCACCUGCACAGAGGUACAGCGAGAGAAGGGUGGUGGCGAUGGCGGCGAGCGCGGCGGACGUGGAAGUGGUGGACUUCGAGCCGGACGACGACGAUCUCAUGGACGAAGACGGCGCCGCCGACGUCGAGGCCACCCCCGCCGCCCCUUCCCACCUCAAGCUCCGCUCCACCAUCACCGGCGGUGAUCUCUCUGCCGGCCCCAAGAAGACCAAGGGCCGCGGCUUCCGGGAGGAGGCUACCACCACCGCCGCGGAGCGCAACAACCGCUUCGCCUCCCGGGACUUCGAGUCGCUCGACUCCGACGGCGGCCCCGGCCCCCAACGAUCCAUUGAGGGAUGGAUUAUACUGGUCACUGGAGUUCAUGAGGAGGCUCAAGAAGAUGAUCUCCAUAAUGCUUUUCGGGAAUUUGGGCAGGUCAAGAAUUUGCAUCUAAAUCUAGACCGUCGUACUGGAUUUGUCAAGGGAUAUGCACUAAUUGAGUACGAGACAUUCAAGGAAGCACUAGAUGCAAUCAAAGCACUGAAUGGAACUGAGCUUCUUACACAAACUAUUUAUGUUGACUGGGCAUUUAGCAAUGGUCCAUACAAGCGCAGAAAUGCAAGGAGGAGAUCACCACGUGCGCACCGUUCAAGGAGCCCACCUAGGAGGAGAUAUUGAAAUGUAUUAAUCUGUCCACCUGACAUGAGAUUUUAGUGUGUUCAGAUUUGGGAUUCAGAGAUCAGUCAUUUUCGUGGUUUGUUUGAUACUAGCAGAGAAAGUUUGACAUAUAUUACUUGGUUUGAUUGAAAUCUGUAUUCCUCACCCGCUGGUAGUUAUAGUUGUUGCCCUUUUCCUUUGGAUUCUCUUAUGUGUCAUGUUCCUAAAACAAUGUAUGGAUUUUGGGAGAACUUAAAAACGUACUUAAUUGGAGGUCUUUAUCAAUU